GGACUGGUGUUCUAGGCUGGGUGCAGCUACACUCGGGUGCUCAGUCAGCGGCUCAGUGUCGCCGGAACUUUCCACAGUGCACACCAGUGUUACCACUUAAGCGCUCGUGGUUGGCGGCACGAGGAGCGACGUGACGUGUGUUAUUGUGCCUUGUGACUAUCUUUGAGAGCACUUAUUCGUACAAGGAAUAUUAACAGCAAGUCGAUGUUGUCUAUACUUGGACCACCAGAGCAGGACUGCGCUGGGUGAAUCACUGGCCUCACGAUAACGUCACGCACUAUCUCAUGAGUUAAAUAAACAUAUCGCCCAAGUCUAUGUAUUGUUGGAGCAUCGUCUUGGACACAGUGUUGCCAGAGCACGUGACAGCAGAAUAGAGGCAGUAGUAAUAACGGGAGGAUCGGAAUUACUGCCUUUACAUGCAAACCAAACAAGAAGCAUACACUAGACUACUACCUCAACUACAGAGUAUCCCUCCACUGACUACUGACUCAGAUGUUGCCAGGCGUGAGGGGGGUGAUCAAGUCAACAGAGUGGUGAGUGGCUGGUGACUAAUAGACGUGAGGGCGGUGAAUAACUCGGACCUCAAGACGCCGCACUCCUCAUUUCAAGAUACAAGUCUGCUCCAGCUGCCUCUGAUCAGGUUCAGCACGAGGUCACCACAGGAGUCUCCCAGUUUCCAGUGGUGGACGACAGGACAGUGGUGUAGCCCAAAGUCUGUGACCUGUAUCAAGUGCCUCAAGACUCAAUUAACUGUAGUCACUGAUGGAGGAACCAACAGAGGACGUAGUGGUGGAACCUGAGGGAGGACGAUUGAAGAAGAUAAGGGAUGCCGUGAAGGAGAAUUUGGCUAAGCUGCGAUGGCUGACUGGCUGCCAGAUCGCUGUCAUGGUGAUGGCGUUGGUGGUGUUGAUUUUAUGUGUGGCCAUGUUGGCGGGGUGCUACCAAGCCACCCUGCAGUCCAUUUUACAUUCCCAAUUGGAGAUUCGUGAGGGAUCCCAGUCUUACAAAGUAUGGAAGGAAACCCAAGACCCACUACUACUGAAGCUGUACCUCUUCAACCUGACCAACCCCAAGCAAUUUCAGCUGGGUCACAAGCCUGUCCUCCAGGAGUGUGGGCCCUUUGUGUGGAGGGAGUACCACAAGAAGCAGAACCUGACCUUCCACCCCAACAACACAGUCACAUACCAGCAGCAGCGAUGGUGGAUAUGGGACCAGGAGCUCUCAGGCAAUAACACUCAAGAUGAUGUUAUUGUCAGCGUCAACACUAUUCCUGUGUCAGCAGCGUGGGCAUUGCGGGACUCCAGCCUCGCCCAAAUAAUUUUAAACGUAAUGUUUAACGAAGUUGGGGAGAAGCUCUUUGUCACCUCCACUGUCAGUGAAAUUAUGUUCACUGGAGUCAAGGAUCCAGUACUAGAAUGGAUUCAAGAGAAUGUUGUUGCAAAGAAUGGCAGCUAUCACACCCUGUUGCCAUUUUUUGGUCCCAACUCUGCCGUCAUCAAAUAUGACAAAUUUGCUUGGUUCUACCAGCGUAAUAUGUCCAUGGAUUAUGAUGGGUUGUUCAACAUGAAGACUGGUGUAGACACUCUGGAAAACUUAGGAAUCAUUGACUGGUGGAACCAGGAAAGGGAGACACCUUUCUUCUCACCCCCCUGCAACCAUGUAACUGGGUCAGCUGGUGAGCUCUUCCCACCCCAUCCGGGCAAGGACCACAUCAUCUUCUACAGUUCUGAUCUUUGCAUGAGUAUGAAGCUGUUCUACAAGGAAGAUAUCACAGAUGUUGCCAAACUUCAGGGUUACCGUUUCUGGGGCAGCAACCACACCUUUGCCAAUGGAAGUGUUGUUUCCGGCAAUGAAUGUUAUUGUGUCAAACACACUUGUGCCCCCACAGGUCUUGUGAAUGCAGAGUCAUGUCGUAUGGGUGCUCCAGCCUUCGUAUCCUUUCCGCACUUCCUUAAUGCUGACCCAUUCUUGCUGGAUGGUGUCAGUGGGCUGGACCCCCAAGAAGGCAAACAUUCCUUUAUCAUUGAUAUUGUACCGGAACUCGGGGUGCCCAUGAAGGUGGCAGCCAGGCUACAGAUCAACUUACGUGUACUACCUUACCCACAGCAUGGUAAAUUUCAUAUAGAUGAGAUUGACAUACUGAAAUCGGUUCCUGAUGUGUACCUACCAAUGUUGUGGUUUGAAAUUCUGGCAGAUAUCACACAAGAUCAAGCAGGUCAGCUGAACACCCUUGUUUAUAUCCUUCAGUCACCCAUCCUCAACACAAUCAUCUGGUGUGUUCUGCUCUCUCUUGCACUACUGACACUGGUACUGGUGUUAGUUGUCCACUACUGGCGAAACCGAAAUCGGUACAACAUGGUGAACUCCACACAGUAAUGCCUAUCACUUUAUAUUGGCUAUGCCAAGAGAGAGAUUUUAUACUACCUGAGUGAACUUUAAAGAACAUCCACUAUUAUCAUAGUUCUCCAGUGCUAAUAUUACAAACACUGAAAUAGCCAUGUUUAUUACUCAAGAAUAAUGUUUCUAAUAUGUUGAGCCCCUUGUUAUCUAAGACAUGAUCUGAAGUUUAUAAUGUGAGUUUUGGUUGAAGAAACUCUGUGGCCUCAUAAGUUACAUAAGUUAGAGGAAACUAAACUACUGUAUCUGAAAACUUCAUGAUAUGGUCAGAAGAAAGCCAUUUGAUAAAGCUAGACUACUUUGUCACCAAACUUGUUGUCUGUGCAGUUUGUAAUUUUUUUUAUUGAAAGCAUCAU